AUGAUUAGAAAUACUUUAGUUUUUUCUAAUUUCGGAAAGAGAUUAGUUAAUAAUAAUUAUAAUAAUAUAAAUAAAAUUAAAAAUGCAAUAUAUAUAAAUAGUUUAAAUAAUAACUCAAAAUAUUUUACCACCUCCAAUAUUAAAGAUAGUGUCGAUAAAAAAGCUGAAGAAAUUACAAAAAAAGAAAAUGUAGCAUCACCAUCAUCACAAUCAAUUGAAAUUUCAGAUCUUGCUGGAAAUGCUGAUUAUAAUUUUGUAUUUGAAAGAGCAAAAAAAUUUGAUAAAGAAAAUUAUCUUUGUAGUUUAUUAAUUAGUGACCCAGUCGCAAGAAGAGUUGCAUAUGCACUUAGAACAUUUAAUGUAGAGACUGUAGCAAACGAUUUUUCACCAAAAUCUGAAAAAAUUUCAAAAAUUAGACUUCAAUUCUGGAAAGAUGCAAUUAAUAAUAUCUAUAAUGGUAAAGUUUAUGAUCAACCAUUAACAAGAGUUUUAGCACAGGUUAUUAAAGAAAAAAAAUUAUCAAAGACAUGGUUUAUUAGAUUAUUAAAUAGAAGAGAAAAGGAUGUUCAAUCAGUUCAAAUUAAAGAUAUGGAAGAUUUAGAACAAUAUGCAGAUGAUAUUCACACAUCUUUAUUAUUAUUAACAUUAGAGGGAUUGGGCAUCAAAGGUAAUCACGAUGCUGAACAUUGUGCAAGUCAUCUUGGAAAAGCAGUUGGUAUUAUGGUUUUAAUCCGUGGUACUAUUUUCCAUUUAGGUAAUAGAAAAACUUAUAUUCCAGUUUCAUUAACAACCAAAUAUGGUAUUAAUACCGAGGCUCUUUAUCGUGGUGAUGCUCAAUUUGAUAAAAUGCAAAAUGCAAUCUACGAAAUGGCAAGUUGUGCAAAACUUCAUCUUGACAAAGCCAAGGCUUUUAAAAAUCUUCCAGAGAAUGCCCAUCAAGCUUUCUACUCUGCCGCUAUUGUUGAAGACUUUUUAGAAAGACUCAGAAAAGUUGAUUUCAAUAUUUUCGAAUUCCACAACACAAAUCAACAUCCAUUUUUAUUAUUUAAAUUAUAUAAAAAUAAAUUAUUUAAACAAUUUUAA